UGAUUGUUUAGUCCCAUUUUGGGAACAAAAGCCAUCGGAGAGCUCUGAAGGCACCCGGUGAGUCACCGCCAGUGACGGCUUUGCAAAACCAACUCUGAGAAAGCGAUUCCAAAUCAAUCUUUGGAUGAAACGAAGAAUCCCAGAUUUCUGAAUGGCGACACCAUUUAUAGCGGGGGUGGCGGUAGCUGCCACUGCACUUGCUGGUCGAUAUGGAAUCCAAGCAUGGCAAGCAUUCAAGGCAAGGCCACCAAGGCCCAGAAUUAAGAAAUUCUAUGACGGCGGUUUCCAGCCUACAAUGACGAAAAGGGAAGCUGCUCUUAUUCUUGGCAUCAGGGAGAAUGUAGCGGCAGAGAAAGUGAAGGAAGCACACAGGAAGGUAAUGGUAGCAAACCAUCCAGAUGCAGGUGGAAGCCAUUUCCUAGCCUCUAAGAUCAAUGAAGCUAAAGACAUGAUGCUAGGCAAAACUAAAAGCAGCGGAUCCGCAUUUUAAAAUCUUGAGCAAAGAGGACUCUCUGUCUCUUCUAUUUUGUUAUAGAACUGCAUUGUUAAAUUGUAAUGCUAAAUUAUACCAAUAAGCUUGUGUGGGUCUGUUUGUGACACUGAAAAAAUCUUUUCGUUUCACUUGUUGUGGUCGUUUUGAGUCUUUGUUGGAUAUAUUAAAAAAUCCAGUAAUAGAAACUCUAGUACACGUGUCGUGUGGCUCCAGCAA